GCGGCGCCGCGUGAGUUCCCACUGGCUCGCGCAAAGCCAUCUUGGCAUUGUUCUGCCCGCCCGCCCGCGCCGCCGCAGCCCCGCGCGACACAGCCCCGCACGCCCCCGCCAUGUCCGACGCGGCCGUGGACACCAGCGCUGAAAUCUCCGCCAAGGAUCUAAAAGAGAAGAAGGAAGUUGUUGAAGAAACAGAAAAUGGCAGAGAUGCACCAGCCAACGGCAAUGCUAAUGAGGAAAAUGGAGAGCAGGAGGCUGACAACGAAGUAGACGAAGAGGAGGAGGAAGGCGGUGAAGAAGAGGACGAGGAGGAAGAGGGUGAUGGUGAGGAAGAGGAUGGUGAUGACGACGACGAAGCUGAGGGAGCCACAGGCAAACGGGCAGCUGAGGAUGAUGAGGAUGACGACGUUGAUCCCAAGAAGCAGAAAACCGAUGAAGAUGACUAGGCAGCAAUUUUUUUUUUUUUUUUUUUUUUUUUUAAAUAAGGAGGAAAACAAACCAACAAAAAAGGCCAGCGCGUCCUCUUCACCCUUGGGUCUCCCCUGGGGACCCCUGUUGCAGCCCCCUUUCCCUCACACAGCCCUUCCUCCCCCCUCCGCCGUGGUCAUCCUCACCAAGUAGAGUGAACCCCGUCCCCGCCCCCCGGCGCGGCGCUGCCACUCAACGAACAUGGAAAUGAUUCGCCCGUUAGCGGGGAGAGAAAACCCCCCUUCCCCACAAACCCUCUCCCCCCCGAGCACCAAAACUUCAAGGCCCUGCUUUCUUUCUUAAAAGUACUUUAAAGGAGAAUUUGUUUGUAUUUUUUAUUUACAUUUUAUAUUUUUGUACAUAUUGUUAGGAGGUCCGCCAUUUUUAAGUGAUCUCGGAUUGACCAAAAGGGGGGCUUUGAAGUGUAUAUCUCUCUUGUUACCUAUCUCUGACUUUACUUGUGGUGUGACCAGGCCCAAACCAUUAUCUCAAAGGAGAAUAAAGCAAAACCUUGUAAAAAAAAAAAAUUAAAAAAGACAAAAAUGCAAAAAAAAAAAAAAAUUACAAUCUUA